UAGUGUAAAUAGAGCCGAGGUGGCCCUACGUCAACCCCACUACCUCUGGGAGGGCCACGAGGAGCGCCAGGGGGCGAUGGAAGGAGAUGAGCAAGAGCGGCGACGCAGGAAGGUGGAGGCCGGACGAGCGAAGCUUGCUCACUUCCGACAGAGAAAAACAAAAGGUGACUGUGCGAAUUCGGAGAAAAAGACGGCGAAGAGGAAGGGCUCGGCUAUCACUGCGCCUGUCCAGGAGGAGAGUCCGGUAGCCCCUGCGGACGGGGUGCACCUUGGAAGAGGGGGUGUUUCCGCAAGCACGGUGUCUAUUGACAACCCUGAUGGGGCGAGAGGGGUGUUUGCAGCUCAGGAACGUGAACAAGAACGUGAACUUGAGAUUAUUGACCUCCUGGGCAGACCUAACGAGCAGCAGCAGACGCAGGUGACACAGCAUGCGGGCCCGGGGCAUGGGGCUCUCAGCCUCAUGCAGUCACAGCAGCCAGUACACAGCCUAGAGCUGGAAGCACUACGUCUGAGCCUCAGCAACAUGCACACGGUGCAGCUGGAGCUGGCUCAGGCCAACCUACAGAAGGAGAAGGAGACAGCACUGACGGAGUUGCGGGAGAUGCUGAACAGCCGGCGUGCCCAGGAGCUGGCCCUGUUGCAGAGCAGGCAGCAGCAUGAGCUGGGGCUCAUCAGAGAGGAGCAUGCUCGGGAGAAGGAGGAGAUGGCGCUCAGGUGUAGCCAGGAAACAGCUGAGCUGAAGGAGAAGUUACAGUCAGAGAUGGAGAAGAAUGUCCAGAUGAUAGAGACCCUGAAGCAAAACUGGGAAUCUGAAAGAGAUUUAUGCUUAGAAAAGCUCCACAAAGAGUUAUCUGUAAAGCAUCAGUUAGAGAUGGAGGAUUUACGGAACCAGUUUCAGAAAGAAUUAGCAGAACAGAGAGCUGAGUUGGAGAAGAGUUUUCAAGCCCAGAACCAGACUGAAUCUGCACUUCAGAACUCGGUGGAUCAGAAGGGAGCAGCCAUGAAGGAGCCCUAUGAGGACCUGCAGUGUGAUCGCUGCCGCUACUUAGAAGGCGUGGAGGGAAAACUCAGAGAAAAGGAAAAAGAAAAACAGCUAGAGUUAGAGACUCUUCAAGCAUCAUACGAGGACCUGAAGGCGCAGUCUCAAGAAGAAAUCAGGUGCCUGUGGGCUCAGCUCGAUUCUGCAAGAACCAACAGACAGGAGCUGAAUGAGUUCCAAGAACAGCUCCGGGUGCAAGCAUCCCGCGUUGGGGAGCUGGAGCUCCUGAAGCGAGACUUGGAGCAGCAGCAGCAGCGAGAACGAGCCCAGCAUGAGUCUGACCUGGAGCAGCUGAGAGUGUAUUUUGAAGAGAAAUUAAGGGAUGCUGAGAAAAGCUACCGGGAAGACCUGAUUCUGUUACAGCAACGGCUGCAGGACACGAAGGCAGAUUCUUUUCUGGAGGCUGUGGAAAUCAGCGCAUUCUGCACAUGUUCAGAAGAAACAACUGAAAAAGAAAAAACAGGCUGCCACGACCAGCUUGUCCUUCAGCCUGAGCAACAUAAGGAGAGCCUGGCCUGUUCUCCAGUAGAGUUAGGAGAAAACCACAGGCAUGAAUUAGAAGCGUUACAGUCCCCUCUCCAUACCUGGGAGCUCUUGGAAGAACAAGGACAAGCACUGGCCGUGCUGCCUCUCCCUGGUGCUCAGGAUGCAGCUGAGGAGGCUGACUGGGAGGUGGCUGCAAGAGACUUGGGUUUGGAAACUGAGCACAAAGUUGAACUUUCACUACUUCAGACUGAGCUCAAAGAAGAGAUUAAACUCUUAAAAAUAGAAAAAAGAAACUUACACGAGCAAUUGCAGCAUGAAAUCCGUGUGAAGGAGGAUCUGGAGCAGGUAAAGCAUAAUUUACUUCAAGCCCACCAAGAAGAGCUAAAUGAAGCAAAGGAGAAGAACCAACUAAUGAAGCAGGAAUUCAAACAGAAGGAAGCAGAGUGGAGAGUUAGGAGUGAGGGCCUGAAGAGAGAUGCUGAGGAGAAGCUGGCUCUGCUGCUCCUCGACCUGAGGGAACAGGCCGCGCGGGAGCAGCGCUCACUGAGGAGCUGCUUUGAGCUACGGGAGGCAGAGAUGAGGCAGCUGCAGGACCAGCAGGCCGCGCAGAUCCUGGAGCUGGAGCGGUCGCUAGAGGAGCAGCAAGGCCGCCUGCAGCAGCUGGAGCAGGGAUUGUCUGUGGAUGAGGCUCCACUGUGCAGCCAGUGUGGCCCGGAGCUGCCCACGGCCCGGGCACAGGAGGAUUGUGCCCUGCAGCUGAUGCUGGCCCGGAGCAGGUUUUUAGAAGAACGUAAGGAAAUCAUGGAGAAGUUCAAGGUGGAACAAGAUGCUUUCCUCCGGGAGGCCCAAGAGCAACACGCCCACGAGCUGCAGCUGCUCCAGGAGCGACACCAGCAGCACCUUCAGUCUGUGACGCAGGAACUGGAGGCCAGACACCAGGCUGAGCUUGGAGAGCUGGCAGCCUCCAUGGAGAGUGAACAGCAGGCUCUGUUGGAUGAGCAUGUGGCUGAGCUACAGAUAAAACAUGCCAGCGAGGUCAGUGCCCUGGAGAGAAGGCACCUGUCAGACCUGGACUCUUUGGCGUCCCGCUAUCUGUCUGAGAUUGAGACUGCUCGAGAGGAGCACAGACGGGCCAUUGUUCAUUUGCGAACAGACUUCAAGGAGCAACUGCAGAAAAAGGAUGCUUUUCACCAAAUGAAUUUGACGCAGGAGCUGGAGAAACUUCAGCGGGAACGUGACAAGGAGCUUCAGUCUGUGAAGGGCAGCCUGAGAGGUGGUGUGAGUGCUGGGCACGGCGACAGCCUGCAGGCCCUCCAGGGUGAAUUUGACAGUGAAAAGACAGCUGCUUUGCAUGCAGAACAGGAGACACAUAGACUUGAGAGCGAGAGGGCCCAACCUCUUUGCCCCGAGGAGACAGAGUCUUUGUCCCUGCAGCUUCAGGAGAAGGACAGCCAAAUCCAGCAGCUGAAAGAACAAGUUUUAUCCUUAAGUCACAAGGUAGAAGAGUGCCAUUCUGAACUGGAAACACUACGGCAAAGACGCGAAAGGGAAAACCAGGAGGGUGAGAACCUUAUCUCCAUGCUCAAGACCGAUGCUGACUUGUCUCACAGUGAAAGGCUGGCUGUCCAGGAUGCCCUGAAAAGGGUGCUAGUUUUGUUUGGAGAGACACUGGAGACAGCCAUUACCCUGAAGAGCCGGAUUAGUGAGCGUGUGGGCCUCUGCCUGGACGGUGCAGGCACCACAGCUCUAGCAGUUGAAGAGACGUGGUCUGAUGUGGCCCUGCCUGACGUGGACGGAACCUUGUCUGAGUGCGCAGAAAUGUCCUCGGCAGCAGAGGUCAGCAGCCAUGUGCGCGAGAGCUUUCUGAUGAGCCCUGAGAGUGUGCUGGGGUGUGAGCAGAUGGUCAGGAGCAUCUACCAGAGCCUUGGCCUUGCUGUGGAUGGCCUGCUGGACAUGGUCCUGGACUCCACCAGGCAGCUGGAGGAAGCACGUCAAAUUCAUUCUUGUUUUGAAAAAGAAUUCCGAUGUAAAAGUGAGGAGGCUGCGCAGGUGCUGAGGAAGCAUGGGGAACUGCUACAGCACCUGGAGGAGGCCGGUGUGGCCAAGGCUGGGCUGCAGCUACAGUUACACCAGGCCCAGGGCAUCCUUGAGGGAUUGAAGGUGGAGAAGGUAGACCUGCAGGCGGCGCUGGGCCGGAAAGAGGAGUCAGAGCGGGGCCUGGUCCUGCAGCUGGAGUCACUGAGAGAGGAGCACGCCCUCUUGCGGGGCCAGAAGGAGGAGAGAGAGGCAGCAUUGCAGAAGGAAGUGGAAUGUCUGAGCAAGGAGCAGUCAGAGACGAGAAGGCAGGCCGAGAAGGACCACGCGGCCCUGUGUGCCCAGGUGCAGCUGCUGGAGUCCGAGCUGGAAGAGCAGCUCUUGCGGCACCAAAGCUGUGCCCAGCAGGCUGAGGAGGUUGCCGCACUGAAGCAGCAGAUGGCUUCUCUGGACAAGCAUUUGCGCAGCCAGCGGCAUUUCAUGGAUGAGCAGGCUGCCGAGCGGGAGCAUGAGCGCGAGGAGUUCCAGCGGGAGAUUAAGAGGCUGGAAGAGCAGCUCCACCAGGCGGCCAGGCCACAGCUCCAGGGACCCCAGGACAGCCUGCAGCAGCAUGUGCGGCUGGAUGAAGAGGUUGAACUUUUACAAGAGAAGUUGAGAAAGAAAUCAGAUGAAUUUAAUGAAUUGGUUAUAAAGAAAGAGCUGGCAGAUAGACAAGUGCUAAUCCAGGAAGAAGAAAUCAAACGCCUGGAGGAGAUGAAUGCUGACUGGAGGAGAGAAGUGGUCCAGCUACAGGAAGAAUUGGAAACCCAGCGGGAAAUUGUGAAAGAAUUACAACAUAAAGACGCAUUAGAGGAACAGCAGACAACUCACCUGCUUCCAGUGUCCACACUGCAGUCUGAACUAGACAGGGGUAGAUGUCCUGGGUCUUCUCCAGACAGCCCUCCCCAGGGCCCAGAGGAACAGCUGGAGGCAACACAGACAUCCCUUCUGCAGCAGGAAGGGAAGGGUGUGUGUGCCAGAAAUUCUGAAAUUGAAGAACUGAAAGCCAUUAUUGAAAACCUGCAAGAGAACCAAAAACAGUUACGAAAGGACAAAGCCGAAGAAAUUGAGCAGCUCCAUGAGGUCAUUGGGAAGCUGCAGCAGGAGCUAUCCCUCAUGGCUCCCAGGGGACAUGAAGUUAGUGAUGUGGGGCUGGGAAGCCUGCAGUGCGAGCUCCUUUGCUCCCAGGUGGGGGGCCCCUGCAGGCAGGCAUUGAGGGGGGAGCUCGAGGCUGCACUGGCAGCCAAGGAGGCCCUGAGCCAGCUGUUGGCUGAGCAGGCCCGCGGGCACAACCAGGCCCUUGAGGCCCUGCAGCAGCAGCUGCGGGCUGCAGAGAAAGCUGCCAAGGGGCAGCUGGCUGAGCUGGGGCACAGCACUGCCCUCAGGGAGGUUGAAAUCCAGAGCAUGGCCUCCCAGAUCCAGGAAUUUGAAGCUGUCUUGAAAGCAAAGGAAGCCACAAUUGCCCAGAGAGACCUGGAAAUCGAAGCUAUGCACAGAGGGAAAGCCGCCCAUGCUGCUGAGCUGAAAUCUGUCCUGUCAGCUCUGGCCCAGUUCUGCCGUGCUCUGGAACAGCAGUCCCUGGCCUGGCCUGCUGAGCCCCCUGAGCUACAUCAGCUGCGAGUGCAGUGUAUCCAUCUCAGUCACCAGUUGCAGGUGUUGAACCAGCAAUUCCUGAGGUGCCGGAUGGAGCUGGACAGGCCACAUUUGCUGGAGACUCACCCGUAUCCUGGCCCAGAGGGCAGCAACAAGCCUGGUGGUGCCAGUGACGCAGAGGUACCAAAGCAGGGUGUCAACAUCAGGCAGCUGGCCUUGGGCCCCCAUGGCCAGGACCUGGACCCACAGGGUGGUUCGCAGCCUGCCAGAGUCCUGGUGACGUCAGAGGAGGAGGGUCUCCGUGGACAUAGCAGCCUGGCAUCGCUGCUCACCAUCUGCCAGAGGCAGCUGCGGUCGGAGUUGCUUUUGGUGACCAGUGAGAUGCGCUCAAGCCUGUGGAACCGUGUGAGCGUGGAGCAGGAUAAGGAAAAAGUACUGGAAGAUUGUCAGCAGUGGAAAGUUGAUCUCAUAGCUCAGGUGAAACAACUUCAAGAAAAAUUGAACCAGCUGAUAUAUUCUAUGACCUUCCGGGAUGUUGACAGUGCAGACUGUGAAUAUCAACAGCCAUUGGUAUCAGCAUUUAGGUUUGAAAACAGUUCCAGUGAUGGUUCCCACAAUGGUGAAGAAACUGACAAAUUGCCUCCUAUUAAUGUAUUUAAUACCAAUAAAAUGAGGGCUAUAACUGAUAUUAAGAAUCAGGAUUCUUUGAUAAGAAAUGAAAUGCCAGAUUUUCCCAUUCGAGAAAAAUUAGAAUUGCAGGAUGGGUCCCCUUUUUUACCAGCCAGCGUGCAUAGCAGCACCCUCGUCCUGAGGCACAGAGAUACAGCUGAGCCCCUGAAGAGCCAAGUCAGGGUGCUGGACCUGUCCUCCUGGAGCUCCCCUGAGGUCCUCAGGAAAGAUUCGGCCCUCGAGCCCCAGCCCAGCCUCCCUCUGACACCUGGCUCGGAGAUCCUGAGUGUACGCAUUGCUGACACACCCCUGCAGGACAGGACCCAGGCCUCACUGCUGCAGGAUGAGCCGGGGCUGCUAUGCUACCCAGACAUGUCUGCAGCAGGACAGAAUCUGCCAUGGGCAGCAUCUUCACCACCUGAACACCACCCUGUAAAGAGAACAGCUGUGGAGAAAGAUGUCGAAGAUUUUCUUAUAACAUCUUUUGAUUGUCAAGAAACCUUACCUUCACCUUCUCUCAGGUUAGAAGGAAAAAACGAUGGAAAUGACGAAAGUGAAGGCUCAAGUUUUAGAGGGAAACUGAGCCCGCAGUCAGGAACACCUGAGGCCCCUGCUGAUGGUCCUGUCUCUAGAAGGUCUCCACAGCCACCAGGAGCCAUGAAGGGAAAGGACAUCCCUGCACUUCAGGUGAAGGCCUUACUGCAGAUGGUGCGUGAGGAGAGCCGCCAGAUCCUGGCCCUGUCUGAGGGCCACAGCCCCCUCAGCGCCCUGAGCGGUGGCGAGCCCCGGACACCCUUGGGUGCGCCCUGGGAGGGGCAGGGCCUACUAGAGGCUGCGCCCCACAAAGGAGAUAAGGGACCCUCCGAUGUUUGCCUUGACUGGAGAGGAGAGUGUCUGCAGAUCAUCCGGGAGGUGUUUGAUGAGGCACGGGAGACACUGAUGCACCAGCUGCAGCCUGGCCUCAGUGGCUUAGACACAGGAAGUCGCGAUUACCUAUUUGAGAGGCUGGAGAACAUUGUCCGAGAACAGGGAGACCUGCAGGAAAAGUCAUUGGAUCACCUCCGCCUGUCAGACCGGAGCAGCCUGCUGUGUGAGAUCCAGGCUCUGCGUGCCCAGCUACGCCUGACCCACCUACAGAACCAAGAGAAGCUGCAGCAGCUUUGCGCAGCACUGACAAGCGUGGAGGCGCGCGGGAGCUGGCAGGAGCACCAGCUGCGCAGGCAAGUUGAGUUACUGGCAUAUAAAGUUGAGCAGGAAAAAUGUAUAGCGAGUGAUCUACAGAAAACACUGAGGGAAGAGCAGGAGAAAGCGAACAGCGUCCAGAAGCUGUUGGCGGCAGAGCAGAGCAGCUCAAGAGACCUGAAGGCCGAGCUGUGUGAGUGCCGGCAGGAGAGCGAGAAGCUGCUGCAGUCCCUUGACUCCGUGCAGCAGGAGGUGCUGCAGCUGAGGUCCAUGCUGGACAGCAAAGAAAGCGAUCUGCAGGCUGCACUGCAGGAGCUGGAGCGUGAGCGUGGGCAGGAACGUGCCCUGCAGAGCCAGCUGGAGGAGGAACAGCAGCGGCACUUGCAGCGGGAGGGCCAGAGCUCCCAGUCCCUGGAGGAGGUAAGAGUGUCUUUGGAGGAGCAGCGGGCACAGAGCAGCCGGCUCCGUGUGGCCCUGAAGCACGAGCAGACAGCUAGGGACAACCUGCAGAAGGAGCUGCGCAUUGAGCACUCGCGCUUCGAGGCCUUGCUGGCACAGGAGCGGGGCCGGCUCUGCGAGCUCCAGAAGGAUCUGGAGGCUGAGAAGAGCCAUGUGCUGGAGCUGUCAGAGGCUCUGCAGCACGAGCGGCGCUUGACAGAGCAACUCAGCCUCAGGGCUCAGGAGGACUCUUCCGCGCAGAGGGCCCUACUGCGGAGGCUGCGGGAGGAGGAGGCCCAUGUGCGGGAGCUGCAGGUGCUUCUGGGGACACUGCAGCAGCAGCUCGAGGCUGAGGCUCAGCGGCGUUGUGAGGAGCUGCGGAGGGAGAAGGAGGUAAGUGCCACCUUGACUGCAGCCACGGAAGCUCUGCAGCCCCAAAAGCGAGAGCCGAGAUUCUGUCUGGAGAGAGAGAGGGAGAAGCCGGCGUGGCUGCAGGCAGACUUAGAGCAGGUGUACACUCGCUGGAGGGAACAAGGAAGACCUGAGGACGCCAGGAGUGGAGUGGAGACCAGGCAGAGCCAGGCAGAGGCGGGGGAGUGGAGCAGGUGGCAGAGAGACAAGGAGAAGCUGCGGGAGUUAGAAUUACAGCGGCAGCGUGAGGAACAUAAGAUCCAGCAGCUUCAGCGGACAGUGAGAGACCUGGAGUCUAAAGAAGAGGCGCUCCGCAGUAGUGACCCCCACCAGGAUGCUCCCCCCAGGGCUGACAACCCAAGCAAGCCAGACCAGCUAUGGGAGCAGCAGCAGGAGCUGGAGACAAUCAGGCAGCAGCUGCUUUGUGCCGCUGGGCUCCUCACCAGCUUCAUCCGCCAAACUGUGGGCAGGAUCAUCAAUGACUGGACAUCAUCCAAUGAGAAAGCAGUGGCGUCUUUGCUGCACACCUUAGAGGAGCUGAGGCCCGAGCUGAGCAGGUCUACCUCCUCUCAGAAAAAAAUGGCAGCAGAGCUACAGAUCCAGCUCAUGGAUGUCUUGCUGAAAGACAAUGAUUCCCUUACAAAGGCGCUCAGCACAGUGACCCAAGAGAAGUUGGAGCUCAGCAGGGCUGUGUCCAGGCUUGAAAAGAUCCUGAAACAUCAUGUGCAGAAGGGUUGUGUCCUGAGCAGGUCGGACAGGUCUGCGUGGAAGCAAGACGGGACGGUGCUGCAGAGCUCACCACAGCACUCAGACCCAAGGCGGCCUCCACCAGCUGCAAGCAUGGAAGCAAACAGCUGCAAUGUCAAAGUGGAAAAAUUAUAUCUGCGUUAUUUGAGGGCAGAGAGUUUUAGGAAAGCUCUGAUUUAUCAAAAGAAGUAUCUUUUACUGUUGAUCGGUGGAUUCCAGGACUCUGAACAAGAAACUCUCUCUAUGAUUGCUCAUUUGGGAGUAUUUCCUUCCAAACCAGAUAAGAAAAUUACCUCAUCUCGUCCUUUUACAAAGUUUCGCACGGCCGUCAGGGUGGUCAUUGCAGUGUUAAGAUUACGUUUUUUGGUUAAGAAAUGGCAAGAAGUAGAUCGAAGAGGAGCUCUAGCACAAGGCAAAGCCCCCCGUCCAGGACCCCGAGCGCCUCGGCAGCAGCGUUCUCCACCUGAAUCUAGGGAGUCACCGCCAACCCGGGACAUGUCUUCAGGCCAUGCCAGAGACCCUGCCCUUGGCCAUGGACCUGCAACAGCAGCCUCCCAAAGUAGGAGGGGGAGAUCCGCUCGGUCCCCAAAUUCAAGAUUAGAAAGAUCUCUGACUGCUUCUGAAGAUCCAGAACAUUCCUUGACAGAAUAUAUUCACCACUUAGAAAUGAUCCAGCAAAGACUGGGGGGGUCAUCACCAGAUUUCACUUCAAAGAAAUCCUGCCACCGGAAGAUUAAACAGUGAAUAAAAUCUUACGGCUCUUACCUGGGACAGUUCUAUUAGAGGAAACGAUUUAUUUUUCCCUUUUCUUCACGUGCCGUGAUGCCAGCCCCUGGGUACUGUUGGUUCAGUGUUCCCACCUGUGUACGCUGCAAAGUGGAGCAUGUCUGUGUAAUCUCAGUCUGUUAGUUCUGGACUUCACAGGGUCACAUGUGGCCCCAAGCCACAUGCAUGGGGCUGUCCUGUAGCACCUCUUGGCAGAUCCACCCUGCCAGCCUCUGAGGAUGGUAAACAGAGAAUGGCUUCCUAUCAUUUAUUUUCUUAAAGUGUACAGAUGGAAACUUUGUUUAAAAACAAAAACAAAA